AUGUGGAAGGAAAACAUCACCGACAUCAGUGAAUUCAUCCUCAUGGGCUUCCCUACGGCUCCCUGGCUGCAGAUUGUGCUCUUCUUCAUCUUCUUCAUCACUUACCUGUUUGUGCUAUUGGAGAACUCGAUCAUCAUCCUCACUGUAUGGGUCACUGGGUCCCUGCACAAGCCCAUGUACUAUUUUCUUGGCACUAUGUCUUUCCUGGAGGCCUGGUAUAUAUCAGUGUCUGUCCCUAAGAUGCUGGCUGGAUUCCUCCUUUACCCCAAUACUAUUUCCUUCCUGGGAUGUAUGACCCAGCUUUAUUUCUUCAUGGCCCUGGCCUGUACUGAAUGUGUGCUUUUGGCCGCCAUGGCCUAUGAUCGUUAUGUGGCCAUAUGCUGGCCUCUUCGCUAUCCACUCAUGAUGACGACAGGCUUUUGUGUUCAGUUGACCAUCAGCUCCUGGGUGAGUGGCUUCACCGUCUCCAUGGCAAAGGUGUACUUUAUCUCUCGAGUUGCUUUCUGUGGCAAUAACGUGCUGAAUCAUUUUUUCUGUGACGUGUCACCUAUUCUUAAACUGGCUUGCAUGAACUUAGCUGUGGCUGAGGCAGUGGACUUUGCCCUAGCCACCGUCAUCCUUGUGUUUCCUCUCUCAGUCACAGUCCUUUCGUAUGCCUUCAUCAUCUCUACCAUCCUGCGCAUUCCUUCAGCUACUGGACAGUGGAAGGCCUUCUCCACCUGUGCCUCUCAUCUUACGGUGGUGGUCAUCUUCUACGCAGCUGUGAUCUUCGUGUAUGUCAGACCUCGGGCCAUUGCUUCAUUUAAUUCUAACAAAUUGAUCUCAGCCAUCUACGCAGUCUUUACUCCCAUGCUCAACCCUAUCAUUUACUGUCUGAGGAACAAGGAGGUCAAGGAUGCCAUCAGAAAAACCAUCACAGGUGGUCAAGCCCUGUUCUUAAGAGAUUCUUUUUGCUGA